ACCACCUUAAAACAAACAACAGAUAUGAAGAACAACUUUAAACUUUCGGAUACAUCUGUAAAAGCUGGUGAUCUUUUAUUAACUGAAAAGCCAUUUGUUUAUGUUCUUUCGUCCAAGGAGAAAGGAUUAAGAUGUGAUAAUUGCUUACAAAAGUUAAAGGUGCUCAAAUGUUCAGGUUGUCAGUUUGUUCAUUACUGUGGACGAGUAUGUCAGAAAGAAGCUUGGAGUGGACACAAGUGGGAGUGCGCUAACUUGAAGAGAGUGGCACCAAAGAUAAUACCAGAUGCUGCUCGUAUGCUGGCCAAGAUUGUAAACAGACUAAGUAGAGGCGAUGGCCACACAUGUCGUGCAUACUAUACAAAGACGUCGUUUCGCAUGUGGAAGGAUCUAAUGUCACAUUAUCCAGAUUUAAAACAAGAUAAAAAGCGAAUGGAUCAUUUCACAUCACUAUGCAUGGUGUUGUUUGAGUUUCUCAAAGACAUAUCAUUACCAAAUACUGUUGAGUUAAUGGGAAUGUACGGUAGAAUGGUUAUCAAUAGUUUCACAAUACUAGAUAUAGAUAUGAACUCAAUUGGAACUGGGAUAUAUCUAGCAUCAUCUAUUGUAGACCACAGUUGUGACCCCAAUGCGGUAGCUACAUUUGAUGGCAACACUAUUAAUAUCAGAGCCGUACAAGACAUGCCCAACUUGGAUUGGAAUCAGAUUCGUAUCUCAUACAUUGAUCUCCUGAAGACACCGUACGAGCGUCAGACGGAACUAUUGGAGAAUUACUACUUCUUGUGCGAGUGUGACAGGUGCUUUGGUGAUAUACAAAUGAAAAUAUUACAUGCAGCAAAAUGUCCAAAUCAGAAAUGUGACAACCCUAUCAAAAUAUCAUGGAAGGAUUGUGAAUUGGUCAGAAAACCUAAAGAUGAGAGCGAAAAGAAUGGAUAUAUAAAAGAGAAUGGAGAUAGCAAUAAUGAGAGUGAGAUAAAAGAGUCAGAAUGCAAUAAUAUAAGUGAAAUAGAAAGAGAUGGAGAAUGCAGUGCAUGUGGUACAAAAUGCACGGAAAAAGAUAUAGAAGUUUUUAAAAAGACUAUGGAAUUCACGGAGAUGCAUUUACAGAAAAUGAAAGGUUCCUCAGUUGCAUAUGUAGAUGUUUGUAAGUUUUGCUUAGAGAAACAAGAAGGGGUUCUACAUCCACUGAAUGUGAUGCAUGCUCAGACAUUAGACCAUGCGUUUGAUGCCCUCAUACAAGUACAAUUAUGGGAGACCGCCUGUCUGUAUGCUGAAAAACUUAUUCCAUGUUUCAUAUUUUAUUAUGGCGAAAGGCAUCCGUUACUGGGAUUGUUACAUUUGAAAUACGGAAAAAUAUUGCUCUACAAAAUGGAUCUGUCAAAAGCCUUAGAACAAUUGAAAUUAGCAGAGAAAAUACUAAAGAUUACACACGGUGACCGACAUCCGUUGUACAAAGAACAGUUACUGCCGUUACUAAAUCAAGCUAUGAUCGAGUGUUAGAAUUUAACGUUGUUGAUGGUCAUAUUGUCAAUUAUUUUCAAACAGACGUAUCAGACAUUUAUUGUGUUGUGUAGUAAAGAAAAAUAAA